AAGAAGAGGAAGAAAGAUGAACUGGUGCACAAGUUCAGCCAAAAAGAACAGGCCUUAUGUCUUUGUCGUCAGCGGACAGCGACUUGUUAGUGGUAGAGAGAUACGCAUUAAUUGGCGAUCUGGUUGUCUGGAAAUCGCCAUUUGCAUGGUACUGUGACUAUGCUUGAGUCGGAAAAUUAAUCAAGGGAAAGCCAGAAGAAUAAUCGUCAGUCCUCCUAUUGAUUGUUUGGAGGCGUGAGCCAUAAAAGAAGAAGAAGAAGAAGAAGAAGAAUCGUCAUUAAUGUCUGUUGAAUUGAGUUAGUAACCAGUAGGGAAGAAUUUAACUGAGUUGAAAAUCGGACAUCCAGUAGGCAGAAGAAGAAAAGAUUGUGUUGAAGCGUUUCGCUGUGACACGAAUUAGAUUCUAAAAAUGGCAGACGCGGACCUCAUAGUUUCUUGCCCCUACAAUCCAUCGCAUCGUAUUCGCAGAUAUAAACUUAUGAAUCAUAUAUCGAAAUGCAAGAAACAUAAUAAAAAGGAAAACAUGGUAGAGUGUCCGUUGGACAAGACUCAUAUUAUAGACAAGGAACAUCUCAGGGAGCACAUUGAAAUGUGUUCUAGUAUUGGAAGAGCGGCAGAUAUGGAUAUUGGAAAUAUUGAAGUAAGAGAUCCAGAUCCUCCUGUAGCUAGUGGUAGCUUGUUUUUAAAUGAAAAUUGGGCAGAGGACCCAGAAGUUCCGUGUUACAAUCCGAUGGAAGUUUCGGCUAAAAAGCCGGUGCUUCGAUCUGUCUCUGGAUUGUCAAAAUCAGAGAAAAGGAAAUUUAGGGACAAUGAACGAACGCGUAUAGCAAAUCUCAAAGGGCAUCAUUCUGUUGGUGCAGUCUUAGAGUCUAUGAACACGACUCGUGAGGCACCAUUAUAUCCAGUACGUCCUCCUCGUUCUUAUGCUACUGUAGCAUCAGAAGAUACUGCAGCGUCGCAAGCUACUGCAAAGGCACAAGCUACUGCAGUGUCCACAGGCACUUUACAAAAAGACUUUGAUAAAAUGAAAAUACAUGAAGAUGAAAAACACGAUCACGAUGAUGAUCAUACUGUAGGUGCUCGUGCUAACUUUGUUCCUAACUUUCGUAAUGAUUCAUUCCACAGAAUGUUAUAUGAUGAAUUAGCUCCAGAAAAUGACGAGAUUGAGCAAUUAGAACAGUCUCUACGUAACACUGACACGGCAAUUUCCUUAAAAGAUUAUUUCCAACAAGUUAACAGAGAAAAUGAAAGCUCUUCAAUUUCUAAUCGAAAUCAAAAAGAGAAAACAACAGAAGUAAGAGGUAAAAAAACUGAAAUGAAUGCAACUUCGGAACUGCUCAAUGUUGAUAUGAAGAAAGCAAGAGACGAACACAUUGCAAACACUUCGAGUGUGUAUAAUGAACAAGUUACCGAUACACUUCUAGCUUUAUUGAAAGAUGAAUCAAGAGCCAAGAAACAGUCUAUGAAUGACACUGUGAAGACUGAUCAAAUCGCUAAAAAUUUUGAUGAAAAAGGACCAGUACUGGACGAGAUAUUCAAUCAAUUCACUGAACGAUUAGCUUAUUUAAACGAUAUUCAGAGUACUGCUGCUGUGGAGAGCGCACGAGUGAGUCAACAACUGAAAGAUCUGAAAGAACUUCGUGAUCAGAUGGCUUUGAGAAAACGUAAAAUAAGGAUAGAAGCACGUAGAUAUGAUACACGUACCACAAUUUUCUCGCCAGAAGGAAGACUGUACCAAGUCGAAUAUGCUAUGGAGGCUAUAAGCCAUGCCGGCACUUGCCUGGGUAUAUUAGCAAACGACGGUAUUCUACUGGCAGCUGAGAAACGUAACACCAACAAGUUGCUGGACGAGGUAUUCUUCUCCGAAAAAAUCUACAAGUUAAACAACGAUAUAGUUUGUUCAGUGGCUGGUAUAACUUCGGACGCAAAUGUCCUGACAAACGAGUUGCGCCUUAUCGCGCAGAGAUACCUUCUUCAGUAUGGCGAAGCUAUACCUUGCGAGCAGCUUGUCUCGUGGUUAUGCGAUGUUAAACAGGCAUAUACUCAAUAUGGUGGAAAGAGACCCUUUGGUGUAUCUAUCUUAUACAUGGGAUGGGACAAAUACUACGGCUAUCAGUUGUAUCAGUCAGAUCCUAGUGGAAACUAUGGUGGCUGGAAAGCAACGUGUAUCGGGAAUAAUUCAGCAGCAGCUGUGUCGUCUUUGAAGCAGGAAUAUAAAGAGGGCGAGACAACUCUGAAAGACGCAAUGGCACUUGCUAUCAAAGUACUCUCUAAAACGUUAGACAUGAAUAAACUCACUGCUGAAAAGGUGGAAAUGGCGAUACUGACGCGCGAAGAUGGUAAAACAAAAACGAAAAUACUGCCAGCGAAAGAAGUGAACGCCUUAAUCGCGGAACAUGAUCGAUUAGAAGCACUGGCGGAGCAGGCGAAGAAAGAAAAGCAGAAAUCGUAGAAAUUUAUAUUAAAUAAGAAGAAGAUUAAUCCACUGUGGUGACAAAGUUUACUGUAUCAGGAAGAAAUUGA